CAAAAUGUGUAAUUUAACAGGGAAAAUGAGUUUUCGGUUUUCUGUCUUCUUUAUCCUCGGAAUAAUAGAAGUUGCAGACCUAAUCAGUGAUUGGUUAUUUUACGUUGAAAUGAGUAAACAGGAAAAGGGAAUAGUGUUUGGACCCAUUGACAAAAUGUUCCUGCAUGCUAUACUGGCCUUUUGUUGCAUUGGCAUUGUGACAUUCAUAGUGGAAAUGGUGUACAAUAAACUAGAAAUUCUAAAUGAUGAUAACAGCUGUUGCAUUGACUUUGUUUACGUUUUUACAUUUGUGCUAUGGUGUGAAGAAUUACCACAGAUUGGCAUGAGUGCAUAUAUUGCAAGUUGUCGUGAGGAAGGUACAAGCUUGAUUCAGUUAAUAAAAGCAUCGUUUUUGAUAGGUGGAUGCAUACUGCGAAUAAUCAUUGUUGUUGUACGAAUCUGCUCAAGAAGAAGGGAGGAUUCAACAAAUUGUUUUAUUCUAGUUUUCUCUUUUAUAUUAAUAAUAGGAUCAAUAUUAGCCUUUAUUCUCGCAUUGUCCGUUUUUGUUUUCUCAACAAUCCAACAUGAUGAUUGGAGUUUUAAAUUUCAACAAUCAACUAAGCUGCAGACCAGUGGAGGUGACCCUUCAAGGUUUUUUGGGAGCGCAGGAAUAUACAUAAAUGUGACAGAACUACAUAAGGGAUCUGCACAAUCAAAUGUGAAUAAAAGCACGUGGUUGAAAAUGGCCAACCUUACAUUUUUGAUGAAUAAAUCAUCCCAAUUGCAAAAAAUUAAAUUUCAUAGGAAAGAAAAUACGACAAUAUUGAUUCAAACUUUUCUACCUAUGAAAGACAGUGCUGAUUUCCAAAAGGCCGAAGAUGAAUGCUACAAAGAAACUGGCGAACUUUUGUUUAGGCAGGUCAAUGAAUCCGAAUGUUUAAAUGUAAUCAACAGUACAGAUGUAAUGGAAAUAUGGAUACAUUUCAUGUUCCUUCCACAAACACGCUAUCGGCUGAUGGGAGAUGUACAAUAUAACACUUGUCACGUAACAUCUAAGGAUUGUUCUGAAAACGUAAAAACAUGUACCAAAGUAAAUUUGAAAUAUUUUUCUGCAGUAUCAGGGGAGAAUUAUCAAUAUCACUUAAAGCCCGUAAAGACUAACUCCCUCUUUGAAUUCUACACAUCAGAUAAGUUAACACCAACGAAAGAAGCAUGGAAAACAGGGUUUGCUCGCUGUGAAAGUUCUGGAUUCGAAGCGCCAAAUUUGGAUAAUAGCAUUGAAGUGAAAUGUCUUAGUUAAUAAAACACUCACUUCCUAAAAUUGAUACCAAUAACGUGAGUAAAGAUACAUCUUAAAUUUGCACAUACAGUUUUGAUAAAUUUUAAUUGACUCACAGUUUUAAUAUAUUUUCAAUUUGUACACACAUAUUCAAUAUAUUUUUAAUUUGUACACACAGUUUUAAUAUAUGUUUUAUAUAUACACACAGUUUUAAUAUAUUUUGAAUUUGUACACACAGUUUUAGUAUCUUUUUAAUUGGUACGCACAGUUUAAAUAUAUUUCUAAUUUGUACACACAGUUUUAAUAUAUUUUUGAUUUGUACACACAGUUUUGAUUUAUCUUUUAUUUCUUAAAUUGCAAACACUAUUAUCUAUUACUUUGGUUAACGCAAAAUAAACAUAAAAUAUUUUCUCUCUCGAGUUUAGAUAAAAAAAAAAGUGCUGAGAAGCAAUCAAUCUGAUUCCAAUUUGUUAAAAUAACGUCAAAAUAUAAGUGCAUGGAAAAGCGUUGAAUUGUAUUUAUCAUAAGAAUGACAAUCUCAACUUUGUGAAAGAAAUAUGUCUUAUUAAAGAUGAUUUAUUCCCUAUUCUUAUACGUCUUGUAUACGCUAAAUACAACAUUCUUAAUGAAAUGUACCCAAUUGCAGUAAAUCACAGAAAAAAGAAACACUUUACAUGUAAACUACACAACUUACACUAACACGCAGUAUUUGCAGAAAUAAGUACAAAAUGGGAGUUUUCGUCAAGAAAGCAUAAAUUGGAAAAAUUAAAUGCUAACCUAAAACUAUCUUUCAGUUUGAUAUGGGGGCAACGGUUUGUUGCGCAUACUGUUUUGCGAUCUGUUGUUGUCCACUAAAUAUAACGUCAUGACCACAAUAUAGAUUUAUUCGAUUAAAAUACUCUGCUUCAUAACGAAUUCUCACGAGUUGUUAAACGUAUAAUUUCUUUUAAGAAAAGAUUAUCUUUGAGUAAAAAAUAAAAUUCUGGUGAAAAGUUUUGAUUUCGCUAGCUUCACUUCAAAUUUAAGACCACUAACGGAAUUUAAAAUCAUGCGUCGAAAACCCAGAUUAGUCGAAAACAUCAGAAAUUUUAAAGCUUUUUGAAAUCUUCAGAAUGGAAUCAAAUAAGAAUGUGUUCAAGUGAAACACGUGAUGAUUUUAUAUAUUGAUAUUGAAGAAAACACAGAACUCCGUUGCCAAGGGUGAAUAAUGGUCCGUUGGAACCUUCAUUGACCUAACGAAUAGCGUAUUUUUCGUAUCAUUUAUUUAUAUCACUCUCUGUCUAGUGUGAUACGAUUAAUAUCUCUUCAUGCGGGAAAUAUAUCAUAGACAACAACCCUAAGAAAAUCAGUUUUAUUUAAUAAUUUGCAGGCAAAAUUGGAGUUUUAUUCUUUUUUCAAAUUUGAUUUGUAAGUUAUUUUCACGUGAUUUCAGAUAGUUGAAACCAAAUGAUGAUACAUUUCGCGUGUUCCUCUAUAUUCUCUUUUCUGUUUCAUACCAGGGUUGCGUUCAAUAUCAUAGUAGCUAGUAUAGCCGCUGUGUCCUAGAUAUCUAUGCUGAACGAUAUUCUACGUAGCUAGCCUUUCAAACUGACGUCAUUAGAAAUAAUCUAUCCGACGACAUUCUGGAUUCACUAGAUACCAUGAAUUGUUUGGGCUAUAUAGAUCUAUCUUGCGGCAACGCUAGCUAUACUUUCAGUAGUCAAAAUAUACGAAACCCUGUGUAGCGGCUACGACAUUGAACGCAGCCCAGAUGUUAUAUCUAUAUAAUUACAUCACAUGUAUGUUUCAUAAGAAUCCGUACUUUUGAUGUGCUGAAGUAAUCGGAGGCAUUCAGAUAUACCAUUGUAUUUCUCAAUCAGUUUCAGCAUUCAAGACAGCAUAUGUCGACUUCACAACAAUGCAUAAGACAAAUACGAAAACAUUUCAAUAUCUCGUAAUUUCAUGGUUGUAGCAUACACAUGUCAUUAUAAGAAUUGCAUAUUUCUUUUUUGUAAUUUGAAAGUUUUGUAAAGGCGUUCAUCGUGCAUACAUUUUUAGUAUGAAGCGAUUCGCCCCGCGCUUCCUACAAAACGUGCUUCGGUCAACCCUUCCACACCGUAACAAUAUUAUAAAAAGAAGUAUUCAAUUUUGAAAUGAAAUUGUAUUGUAUUUAUGUGAUUUGCUUUACAGGUGGAUAUCCAGUUGAAAUUAAACAAUAGAAAAUGAACUCGCAGUUAAAACAUGUUCGGAUCAUUUACAGCUGUUUCUUUAAUGGUCAUUAAACAUCAUACUGCAGUCGUUUUAAAGAAGUUUCCCCAUUUUCUAACAUUGACCCAAAACCUACACAAAGACAUAGUUAACUAAAGAACUUUCAUAUUUAUAUUAAAAAAAUAUAUAUGAAUACGCAUAGUUACCAUUAUGUUUUUUCCAUUAGCUUUAUAAAUACAAAGUUACAAGUUUUAGGUAGGUAGGUUUAAAUUAUUUUCAAACUUGAAGAUAUGUACCAUUGAAAAUGUUUCCAUUCGACACAGAGUGCUUGUGUUUGAAACUAUGGUACUAUAACUGUUAAGAUUUAAAUUAAAUUUUUACAUGUAAAUCUAUAAUUCUAUUUUAUUUCUUGAACAUAAUAACAACUUAAACGUGAGGCAUAUUUAUUAUUUUAUUCCUGAAAAAAGUACUACGAAUGACAAGUCGUCCUUUUACACCCCUCUUAAAUCCUUGACCAAUAUCAUGAAUUAGUUCAGCUUCAAUAUAUAAAAACCUUGACUACAGUCUCAUUAUAAUAUUGCAUCCCUUCCACAAAAAAAAAAAGGAUUUUUUUGUGGUCAUUUAAUUGUCACGGUUUACUUUUCUGAAAAUUUGGUAUAUGCCUCCACACGAAAUAAUUCUAUAAAUUGUUGCUUUAAUGAACGCUAAAAAAUUAUAAUUUCCACUGGGUUACCAUUCAGACAAGUAUUAUAACUUUAAAGCAUAACAAUAUAUCAAAAGGUAAUUAUUAAGAAUACAAUGAUUAAAAUUCAAAACACAACUUUAAACGAAAAUUCGUUAUGUUAAAAUACUAGCCUAUCAUAAAAGCGCGUUUUAAAAGUCAUAAGUUUUUAUGUUUAAAGGGAAGACAAUUUAAUUGAAAUAGAAAUUUAUCUAACCCGAAUUAAACAGUCGUUGUAUUUCACUGAUCUACAAUGGCUACACUCGCAAGUAGGAGGGAUUGAUUACCGUGAGGGAUUAUUUCAUUUGCGUUUAAAUCUGUCUAGACUCUUAGCAUUAUAUGUUGUUUCAGAUCAUUUUUGAUUCGUUCUUAUGAACGGUUUCAUUUGUUUUGACUCUUCAUUGAACAGAUAUGUAUCCAUGGGUUAAAUCAGUUAGAACUUUUGUAUACCAACUACAUGUAUUCAUUUUCAAAAUCUAUUGUUCGAUUACAUUUAAAAGGCAUGCCCGGAUAUUUUAUUUUUGAACCUUGUAAUAAUGUCAUAUUUCUAUAUACUAGUAAAUAAGUAAAUGCACAAUUGUGUUACUAGUUUACAAUAUUAUGAACCAGUAUUUUUGAAUAUGAAUAGAGAAUGUGUUGAUAAUUGGUUUUUUUUCACAAGUUUUCGAUAUAAAAGAUUAUUCUGACAUUGAUCUGUGUACAAUAUUGUUAAUGAAGUUUAAUGAAGUCGAUUUGUCAUUGAGGCAAUUUUUACACUUCAAAAGUAUGACAAUCAUAAGUCGUGAUACUCAUUUUUAAUUCUUUUACGGAAAAUAAUAGUUAAGCUAUCACUGUUACUCAACUUUUGGCAUGAGUAGUCAUUGACAAGAUAAAUGUAAAACAACAAUGCUGUGAUAUAUUUCAAGGCCGUAUCAAUCUUAUAUUGCUUGCCAUGAAGAUAGUUUAACAAUGCCCAAUAACUAUAUGCAAAUAAAUUUGUUAUUUUAUCUUGCUACAGAUAAAAUAUGUGUACUUAAAUAAAAUGAUUUGAAGUGUCUGCUUCUUUUUCGGAGAGGGUUAUACGUUAAUUAGACAGCAUUCCACAACAACAGAAAUGAGUUGUUGUUUUACAUUUAUCUUGUCAAUGACAUCAUAUACUUUUUAGGACCAAUUAGAAGGCUGAAAUCAUGUCUUUUGUCGUAAAGUUUCGUUUCUCAACCAACCCUCAUUAUUAAUUUUUAGACGUAAGUCAAAAUCUGAGGUGGACUUAACUGUAUCUGCAGAUUUUCAGAAAAGGACACGGUGCGAUAAAGGACUUAUUAAGCCUAUUUUUUCUCUGAAAGGAGUAUGUUCAAGAAGGUCCAUAUUCGCCCUAAACUUCUGUGAAAUUUAAUUUUAGUAAUAAAAAGGUGAAAACUUGAUGACAAAAUAUGUAAAAAUAUCUGACAUUUACAUAUUCAACAAGGUCUGGCGCAUUAGAAUAUUUGUGAUGUCAUCCUGACGUCAUGAUUGUGCACCAUAAUGAAGAAAAUCAUACUUUGAAUAAUGUUUUGCCGAAAUAUAGUUUCUGCUUCAAAAAUUGCCACAUGCACGGACCAUUAUAAUAUUUUGUUUGUAUGUGUAUCUUACUUAUAUAAAUCUUACGUAUUACAAUUUUAUUUUGAUCGAAUGGGGUGGACAAUGUUUUUCAUAUGGAAUAACCUUUAGAAAUGCAUAUACACAGAUAAUUUGCUAAAACCUUGAACAAUAGCAAACUUUUGAAGAUGCCAACUUUAUCAAAACAAACAGCAGAUAACAAAAGUGUCUAGUUUAUUUAAACUUGCCUAUUUAAGUUCCUUAAUAUAGGAAUUUACAUAUGGUAUUAGAAGGUUAGAUUUUUAGGGCCAACUUAAGGCCUUCUUGGCCAUACUCCUUUGAACAAUAAUUCAAGAUUUACAAGAUUUUAAGUCGAGGUAAUACAAAACUCUAAACAAGUAGUUUAGUUAAGGAUCAAUCGACAUCAUUGUAAAUGCAAAUAUAAGGUAAUGAAUAUUUUUUUAUGAAUAAUACACAAAAGACUAAAUCAUGGCAGUUUAAAGAAUAUAUAUGAGAGUAAUUAAAAAACACAUGGAAGUGUGUAACACUGUUUUCUUCCUAAUUUUAUACAUCCUUUGGUCUACCAAAUAUAUUAUUUGGCCCUUAGCAACUUUUUUAGCAGUAAAUUAGAUGCACAUUACAUUAAAAAAUGAAAUUUCUGAUGGAAUUUUUUUUUAUCAAUCUGUUAAUAUGAAAAUAAGGAGAUGUGGUAUGUUUGCUAAUGAGACAGUUAUCUACCAAAGUUCAAAUGAAGUGAAUGUAAGCAAUUAUAGACAAUCGUAUGGCCUUCAACAGUGACAAAAACCCAUACCGUAUAGUCGGCUAUAAAAGGCCCCGUCAUGAAAAUAUGAAACAAUUCAAUUAAGAAAACUAACGGCCUAAUUAUAACAAAACAAUUUACGAAAAACAAAUAUGACAGACAUGACCAAACGACAACUACUGAACUACAGGCUCCUGACAUGGGACAGACACAUAAAGAAUGUGGUGGGGUUAAACAUGUUUAUAAGCGCUCAACCCUUCCCCUAACCUGGGACAGUGGAGAUUGUUAGUCUUAGAUAUUGGGUUCAUUGCUUUCCAUCUAAUGAAUUUAGAAAUGAAUAAAUUAUAUGAAGAGUCUAGUAAUAGAAACUGUCACAUGACAAACUCAUUCCAAUCAGCAGAAUAAAUGUUUAAUCUGAAUAUCAUGUUUUUAUUGUUUAUUGUCUGUUUUCGUUCUAUUCAAUGUUGUAUUGUUAUCUGGAUGGAGGCUAGCAAUUAUUAUAUAAACAAAUUUUGAAGAUACUCUUCCUUUGAAUUUCAUUAUUGAAAAAAGGUAGAAAACUUUUUACUUUAAAGCAAUCUUAUCUUUACAUGUAAAUCUUCUUUCCAUGGAUUUUAUUCAUUUAUCUAUUUUCAUAGAAUAUGUGGUUGUAGCAACAUUCUUAAUUAUCAACUGUAGUGAUAUUAUAUACAUGUUUUAUAUAAGGCAUGAUGUUUGGUCAUACAAUGACUAUAUAUUUAUCUGUUAAUUAUCAAUUGAUUAAAUGUAAAUGUAAAUAAACUAUUGAUCAUUUGAUUUGAUUUGAUUUUGAUUUUUGGUGUUUUAACGCCACUUUUAAGCACCGCUUUUAGGCUAUUUCGUGGCGGCCAGUUUUUAUUGGUGGAGGAAGCCGGAGCGCCCGGAGAAAACCACCGACCUUUGAUAGGAAAACUGACAAUCCUGAUCAAUUAAGAUUGGAGUCGAGUGCACCCGCACGAGCGGGGUUCGAACUCACAACCUCAGUGUUGACUGGCUAAUGAUUACUGUAGUAACUACUUAGACCACUCGGCCACCGAGGCCCCUUGA